AUGGAAGAUCACGAGGCGUGCUGGGAGCGGUUCCGCUCUGACAUACGAGGGUCCUUGGAAAUCGUCGAUACCAAGCAGGAGAAGCCCAUACUACAAUUCCACAUCCCAAUUCGUCCCCGGCUUCCAAAGUACAGACCUGGCAGUGGCCCCGUUCCACCUCGAAUCAACUUGCGACCUGUUCACGACAGCAACGCGUUCAUCGUCGACAAAGUCGUCCUUCCCCGCGGUCACUUCCAUCCUUCCGACCACUUUCGACAGCGACGCUGCUAUUACAUCGUAGGCUGGCCUGACCUCCCUGCAGCGCGGCCUGUCGUGGACGCUAGCAAGAUCCUCGACUAUGUUUCGCCUCGUACUCUGGAGGACUGGGAAUACCAAGAUGCGCUGCGCCGCGAGGAAGAGCGCGAGCAGGAAAGGGAGGCCAAGAAACAUGAGGCUGCUCAAGGCAAGGCAGUGGCUACACCCAUUGACGGUGGAUUGCUGCCAGGCGCCAAGCGCAGACCAGGACGACCUCCGAGAGCGAUGAUGAUGGUAGCCGAGCCGACACCGGAACCCGAGCUGAACAGUGAACAAGAAGAGAUCAUCCACAAGCGGAGGAGAGGUCCAUCGUUAUCGACACCACAAAAGAGGAGGCCAGCGCAACUGCUGGCCGAGGAGGAGGAGAUGCUGGAAGAGCUGGAAGGAGAAAAUGCUCCUGCCAAGACAAAGUCAAGGAAAAGCAAAAAGAAGCAGGCCGAGUUGACCCCAAUGGAUACUGGAGUAGCAGAAGCUGUGGGCUCACCUAAUACCGCCCUAGACCUUGUCCAAGGCGAGCAAGACUACGUGGUCAAGCGCCUCGAAGACGACUACAUCCUCAAUGGUGUGCACUGGUUUCAAGUGCGAUGGGAAGGCGACUGGCCCGAUGACCUGAACCCAACGUGGGAGCCCAGGGAGAACAUUGCAGAGAAGCUAGUAAAGGAAUACCUCAAGAAGAAGGCUAAACGUGGCGCCAAUCGACCUGAUAGACCCAAAUCGAAAAGGCCAGCGAAGACGAAGCACACAAAUCUGCUUGCCGAUUGGGCCAAAGGGUAUAACAGUGUGGCGGAUGCCUUCGAGGGCGUGGAACUGAACGCCACCAGUGACACGAUGCUUGAGCACGGCAAUGCGCUGGGUGGGGACGCGGACGCUGACGACGGCCCAGAUGAGCUUCUCGUUAUUGACGAGAAUGAGACGGCCGCAACUGAGAGGAGAAAAGCUAUGGAGGCAGAGAUCGUGGCACAAUUUGCUAGCAUGGCAAGAGCAACACCUCAACACUUCUAG